UAUGAUGCAAAUACUAAAUAAUGUUUCAUUUUCUACUUAACAGGACAACCGAUUACACCUGUAAAUUAAAUGAGACAUACGACUUCCACGCCAUCCAGUUUUAAGGACUGCCAGCCAAAUGAAAUAGAGCUGGUCUGUGCAGUCGACGAGCUAAAACCUGUCAAUGGAGCGUCUUCCUUUCAUAAGCCUGGGUUAGAGACAUGGUCAUGUGCUUGGUCUAAGGAUAACUCGUAUUUUGCGUGGUCCUGUGGAGAUAAAUUUGUCCGCCUUGUUCCAUGGGAUAAACAGAAUGGAAGAUUGAGUAAGAGGGCUCGUCAGUACUCUAGUGGCUCCACCAGUGAUGCAGAUAACUUAGAGAUUUUUCUGGAGAAUGAAGAGGAGGAUCCAGAUACAGAACAGGAGAAGGAGCGGCCUAUAUUUCUGAUUGAUUGUAAGGAUUAUGUGUGGUCAGUGGCUUUUGGGUCUGGUGAUUCUGUACAGAGGCAUGAUAGUCAGUCCUGGAAGAGAGUGAAGAUUAACACAAGCUCCAUUCUGGCCACAGGUCUACAGACGGGAAGAAUCAAGCUCUGGGACUGUAUGACAGGUAACCUGCUUUUGGAAUUACUGGAUCACAAAGAUGUUGUGCGUGGAAUCAGUUUUGCUCCAGAUGGUAGACUCAUCAUGGCGUCUGCUGCUAGAGAUGGCACUGUGAAGUUGUGGGAUCUGAAUGAUGAUGGCAACAUGUAUCAGACUCUAAGAACAGGAGCCAAGUGGAACAACUGCUGUAAAUGGUCACAUAACUGUAAAUACCUAGCCUGUGUGGGCAGUAAUAAAGUGGCUGUGAUUUGGAACAUGGAUGACACAUAUAAACCUUUACAGUUGAGAGGUCAUUACCAUGACAUCCUGUCAUGUGACUUCUCUCCUGAUAGUGCCUUGUUUGCUACAGCCUGUUACGAUACCCGAGUGGUUGUGUGGGACCCCUACACGGGGGACAUGCUGAUAGAAUUGGGACACCUCUACCCUCCUCCCCGACCGAUUUUUGCUGGCGGGGCCAACGAGCAUUAUGUACGAGGAGUGUCCUUCAGUAGAGAUGGACUACAGUUGUGUUCAGUUGCAGAUGAUGGAUAUCUUCGAGUGUGGAAUCUAGAGCACCCAUCUGAUCCCCAGUACAUAGCUGAACAUCACAAUGCACUAUGUUGUGCAUUCUCUCCUCAGGAUCAACGAAUCUCAGUCGGGGAUCGGAUGGGAGGCGUAAUCUUCUAUGCAGCCCCCUUGUAUGUUCCAUCUUUACAACAGCUGUGUCGCAUGACUAUCAGAAAACAAGUGAUUUCCAAAGAAGUUGAUGUCCUGUACCUGCCAGUGCGCUUGAAGGAAUACCUAAAAUAUCAUGAUCUGUGAUUCCAAUGAGAUUCAACCUUACAUAUGACAUCAUUAUUACUGAACUACAUAUGUUUUAACAUUGAUGACAUAUUCACUUACCUAUUAUAUACAUUGUAUACAUAUGCAGUAUUACACAUUUAUAUAUGUA